GGGGGAGACCGAGGUAUGACUAUCAGAGAAAUAGGCGGGGUCUGAGUGCAGAGUGCGGGAGCUGCUGGACGAGUCGGAGAGUCUCUGUGUCACCCGGUGACCCGACUGAUGCCGGCAGAAAUGGUGAGAAGUCAGCCCAUCCCGAUAGAUGACCCCGGGAAACGGAAGAAGAAGAAGCGGAGGACCCGAGCGGCGGACAGCUUCACCGGGAAGUUUGCAGACUCGUACCAGCUGACUGAUGAGCUGUUGGGGGAAGGAGCGUACGCCAAGGUUCAGGGAUGUGUCAGCCUCCAGACUGGGAAGGAUUACGCCGUGAAGAUCGUGGAGAAGGCGGCGGGACACAGCCGCAGUCGAGUUUUCCGGGAAGUGGAGACUUUGUAUCAGUGUCAAGGCAACAAGAAUAUUCUGGAAUUAAUCGAGUUCUGUGAAGACGACACUCGCUUCUAUCUGGUGUUUGAGAAGCUGCGAGGAGGCUCCAUACUGUCGCACAUCCAGAGGAGGAAGCACUUUAAUGAGAUGGAGGCGAGUACGGUGGUCCGGGAUAUUGCAUUGGCUCUGGACUUCCUCCAUACAAAAGGAAUCGCACAUCGGGACCUGAAGCCAGAAAACAUUUUGUGCCAAUAUGAGGACAAGGUGUCACCGGUGAAGAUCUGUGACUUUGACCUCGGAAGCGGAGUGAAGCUGAACAGCGCGUGCACGCCCAUCACCACCCCCGAGCUCACCACUCCGUGCGGCUCGGCGGAAUACAUGGCUCCAGAGGUGGUGGAAGUCUUCACGGAUGAGGCCACGUUCUAUGACAAGCGCUGCGACUUGUGGAGUCUGGGGGUCAUAUUGUACAUCAUGCUGAGCGGAUACCCUCCCUUUGUGGGCAACUGCGGAGCGGACUGUGGCUGGGACCGAGGAGAGGUCUGCAAAGUGUGCCAGAACGAGCUUUUUGAAAGUAUUCAGGAGGGGAAGUACGAAUUUCCGGAGAAGGAUUGGUCGCACAUCUCCAACCCCGCCAAAGAUCUCAUCUCCAAGCUGCUGGUUCGGGACGCCAAAGCUCGGCUCAGCGCUGCUCAGGUUCUGCAGCACCCGUGGGUGCAGGGGGUAAGGGAUGCUGGAUAUCCUGCUGUACCCUGCUACUGCUCUUGUUUCUCCUGUCACUUCUCAAUGACAAUCCUUGGGGAUGCUCCGGUGAGAGGACUGCCCACCCCGAUGGUUCUUCAGAGGAACAGCAGCACCAAGGAGCUCACACUCUUCGCAGCAGAAGCCAUCGCAGUGAACCGCCAACUUUCCCAACAUGACAGCGACCUGAGUGACGACAGUGAAAGUUUAAUCCAGAAGAUUUGCUCCAUGAGACUGUCUCCUCCCUCUAAAUCCCGCCUGGCCAAGCGCCGAGCCCAGGCCCUGGCCAGCAAAGGCGGCGCUCCUGUCAGUUCCCCUCUGGGGGUGUGACCUCGGAGGACUGGACUGUACCCCCAUCAUAUGGCACUUUCCUCCAGUCUGGGCCCUGUGUCAGCGGCUCAUCAAUAUAUCCCCAUGUCAGCGGCACUUCUCUAUAUCCUCAGUCUGGGCCCCAUGUCAGCGGCACUUCUCUAUAUCCUCCAGUCUGGGCCCCAUGUCAGCGGCUCAUCAAUAUAUCCUCAGUCUGGGCCCCAUGUCAGCGGCACUUCUCUGUAUCCUCCAGUCUGGGCCCCAUAUCAGCGGCACUUCUCUGUAUCCUCCAGUCUGGGCCCCAUGCCAGCGGCACUUCUCUGUAUCCUCCAGUCUGGGCCCCAUGCCAGCGGCACUUCUCUAUAUCCUCCAGUCUGGGCCCCAUGCCAGCGGCACUUCUCUAUAUCCUCCAGUCUGGGCCCCAUGUCAGCGGCACUUCUCUAUAUCCUCCAGUCUGGGCCCCAUGCCAGCGGCACUUCUCUAUAUCCUCCAGUCUGGGCCCCAUGCCAGCGGCACUUCUCUAUAUCCUCCAGUCUGGGCCCCAUGCCAGCGGCACUUCUCUAUAUCCCCAGUCUGGGCC